AAAAACACGAAUGGAAUGAACAGAUAAAACGAUUAAAAACGCGCCAAGACGCAUCGGCGCCGAAUUUGCCACGGGAUGACGUCACCGGAGGGAGAGAGACAGAACAUAAUCAUGCGCGUGAUCUUAUCUUCUGUGUUUUUGUUUUAGUUUCAUGCAGUCAACAUAACCUCAAAAUUUUCCAAAACUGUUUCUGGUCUGGUUUAUGGAAAAGUCACUACUAUUCCAUAUUAGAUGGAAUAAUUUCACUUGUUUAUGACUCUCGAUUCACUAAUUAAUAUUUGUGGCAAAACACUUUUUUAUUUUACAUAGGGAGUGGUAAGUGGUUAUUUUUAUUCGGAAAAUCGGGAGGUAGGUAGCGAUUCUUACCUAUACCUACCUAUUUAUGCAUGGCGGAGAGGAGGGAGAAAACGAGAAAAGCAACCAUUUUGUUCAACAAAAAAUUGUCAACACAACUCAAUUGUUCCAUUUUCUGCAGUUUGGUGGUCGGUCGAAUUCCAUGUUAAUGUUGGGUUUCUUGGUAUUAUUUUUUUAGAAUACUGGAAAAAUGAGCGAAAAUAAUGGAAAUUAUGAAAAUAUCAACAUGAGUAUGGAUCCAGAACAAGUCGAAAAAUUGUGUGAAGGAGUGCGUCAAAAGGACUUGGAGAUUCUAGAUCUUGAUCGUCAAAUUGAAUGGUACAAAAAUGAAAUUGCAGAGUUGGAGCGCAAUUUUGCUGCAUCCGAAAAAAGAAGAAAGGAAAUUAAGGAAGAAAAUAAAGAAUUAGACAAACAGUAUGAACAGUUGCAAUUUUUUCAUAAAAGUGCUGAAAAAACACGUGAAAUUGAACAGAUGGCAUUGUCAGCUUUCCAUGCUUUGCACGCAUAUACAGCAGAAGAAGAAAAGUCAGUGAAACUGCAAGCCUUAAAACAGAAAGAACAAUUGGACAAAAAUUAUAUGGAAGCUGAAAAGAAAAUGACUGAACACCCUCUUUACCAAGAGUUAGAAAAAGAUAGGGCUAAGGCCUUAGAAGCAGAUAUGGAAACACGCCAAUUGCGACAGGAAAUUGCUUAUAAAAAAUAUGUAAUAGCAAAAGAAGCGGAAAUUAAAAAAACAAUAAAGGACCAAUAUCUCUUGGUCCAGCAAAUGGAAGAAAAUCUUGAACAUUUGAAGGCUGAAGAGAGUGAGAAAAUGAAAAAGUUAUUGAAGCUACAAGAAGGGGAAAAAAUGGGAAGAGUCAAAAUGAUGCAUAUAGCUCAAGAAACUGAAAGUCAACACAUUCAGAUAGAUCAAGUUGCAAACACAUCUGGAAUGAGUGAAUCAGUGUUGCUGCAGACAAAAGGAAAUGAAUGGGAUACAUCAAAACUCCAUCUCAUAUUGGAAGAACAUGCUCCGAGAAAAAUCGUAGCCCCCCAUGUGAUUCCCGAGAAAAUUCGCAUCCUAAACCAAAACAUUAUCGUUUCUGCCACCGCCCCUUCUCCAGAGCCUGAAAAACGCAAACUCAGGGACAUGGAUUUAAGCACGAAUUGGCCCAAGAAAAAGACCUCUUCAAAUGUCUCCGAAUCGUUGACGCAGGAUUCUGAGGCCAACGCAAGCAUUGAAAUGUCUCCGGAUACAAGCCAAGAAAGUCAAUGUUCCUUACAAGAUGGAUCCAUGAAGUAUAAUACCCCUCAAAAUGUUUCAUUGUUCAAGAAACCUAUGCCAGUUCAGGUUUUCCAACUGUCCAAACAAAACCAGAUUCAAUCAGUGGACACUGUGAGCUCAGAUGGAAUGCAGAUGAUGACUGGAUAUUCUUCCCAGGCUCAGUUAAGUACCCCCAGUUUUGGCAGCCAACUGGUAUCAACUGCAGGGUCCCAAAUUACCCCUCAAUCGAUUUUAACUUCUUCAAAGGAUCCAAACGGCUUUAAUGACACUUUCCGAGAACAACCUAAAUCGGUCCGAUUUAAUUUGGAACGCUCUCCAUCACCUUUGAAGAUGACGAUUGAAAAACCAAAAUGUAUGGGAUAUGAUUUUUCUAAACGGGCGCAUCUUAGAGGCUCUUUGGGAGAAGGACAUGAAAAUCCGUUCGAUAUGUUUCCGUUUGGAAAUUCUUCUACACAGUUUAGUUAUAAAAACGUUCCGGAGCAACCUUCCAGCUUGAAUAGCUCUUUCAAUCUUUCUUUACCAGAAGCAGAAGAUGAGGAUGCUGGUGGAAUGGAAUUGAUUAAUUCUGGAAACGAGAAUAUUACUGAUGAUCCAUUUGGAAAUGGCGGUGAAGUGCCUGGGACUGGAUCUGCCGGAGGAUUUUUUUCUUUCAAUCCCCAAGGGUUCAAGUUCCCAUUCCAGUAGCUUAAAUUGUUUAUGUUAUGUAUUUACUAUUAACUCAAGUUGUUUUUUUUUUUGUUAUUGGUUCACCCUUAGCAUUUAAUCUUGUAGUUGGUUUAAUUUGUUGAUGUAGGUACCUACAAAUGGUACAAGUAUUAUAGUUAGAAUUAAUAGUUGUUUAAACUAGUUAAUAUAAUGGAUUACCUAUA